AUGUCUUUCAAACCAAAUUCAAUGCAGUCACCAGAUUUUACAGGUGUUACGCCUGAUGGUGUACCUGUGAGGAGCAUAUCACCUGGUUCCAUGGUGACGUAUUUUGUUAAAACUUCGAUUAAAGUUGGUAUGUCAAAAAUCAUAGCGUCGGUCCGACAGCACUGCUUCUCUUCAUCAUUUAUACGACAAAAUAACACAACGUCGUGUGGAUUGGCGAUUUUACUGACAUCAAUGAAGGAUCCUACCGGACAUGAGUGGCUCAACAAGUAA